UGCCAUGCACUUUCAGGCGUACCUGCUGGAGGGGCUGGUGAGGUGGAAUGAGGACCGCGCCGCAGCUGCAGUGGAGGGACCAAGACAGAUCCUGCACAGCUACAGUGGCUCCCUGCAGCAUGCCCUCAACAGAUUGAGCCAGAAACUUCUUGGCUGCAGUCUGGUUGAGGAUUUCACCAAGCCUGGCGAGUAUACAGGCGAGCUUAUCGGAGUUGAGUACCUGUACUCGCAGACAGGCAGCGUGCUGCAGGCCGUCGACUUGGAUCCGGACGAGGCUGCAGAUGAGGAUCUGGACGUUGAGGAUGAGGGGUUUGAGGAUGACGUGGACGACGAGGUCGAGGACCCCACCAUCACUGGCCUCGUUCACCCGCUGGCAGUGCCAUCUGCGCCCCAAGUCUCAGUCGUUCCGGUCGACGUUUCGUGGCCUUCGUUGCCCCGGAAACACCAGCGCCAGGCGUCUCCUCGGCCGUCUCCGCGGCCGUCUCCUCAGGCGUCUCCUCGGGCUCUCACUCCUGCUGGUUCACCUGUGAGAGAUCCUGAGGAGUCAUAUGGACCUGAUGGUGCCCCCGGGUACCAGCACGUCCAGCGCCUGGCCAGCAGUCUGGUGAGCCUGCGUGGCUUGGCCUGUCUGACAGAGCAGAAGGUAGAUGAGCUGAUUCAGCUGUGGAGUCUCCUCCCCGAGGCAGAUAAGCAGCGUCUCACCUACCCUGCCCGUCACCAGGACAGGCUGAUUCAGGGGCGAUUCAAGGCAACGAAGGCCACCUCCUCUGUUACCCCAGGCACGGACAGCCUGAAACGGUGCCUGCUCGGACAGGGCUCGGGACCUGCCCAGUGGCCACAGACGAGCAGACUCGUCGAGGCCAUCUGCAUCCAGCUCUGCCGCCUCCACCCAUCCCCCACCAAGUCCAAAGGUGUGAGGACUUCCCGAUGGGCGUCUAUCCUCGGCGACUACUCCAAAGUCCGAGAGCUGGUGCUGGGCAGCCCGAGGCUCAUGGAGAACACCACCCUCCAGCUGUUCGAGUUGAAUCAGCACACCCUUUCUCAAUGGCACAACAAACGGCAGAAGGGGCAGGAGCACGCUGUCCUUCAACAGGGGGUGGCACCCCCUAGCGCCAGCGCAGUGGACCCAGAGCCUCAACAGCAGCCGCGCCCGCUGCUACAGGAGGGCAUGACAUACGGACACCAGCCGUAUGUAUUUCCAUGCCCCCCAAACACUGCGGGUCAGGCAAAGCAGCGGAAACACCCUGGGGCCACAGCGCAGACCGCAGUCCUAGGCCCCUCGGCCACCCCUGCACCACAUCCCACUUCAUCUCCUUCCACCUCUUCAGCUGCUGGUGCUGCUGCUGCUGCUGCUGCUGCUGCUGCUGCUGCUGCUGCUGCUCCUGCUCCUCCCGUGCCCAGGACCACCAGCUGGCGACACAAGAAGAGGGCAGAGGAGGAGGAGAGGGGCGCCAACACCGGGAAGAGAAAGUAUGAGCGGAAGAGAGCAGAGAACUUGUGUUCUCUCUGCGGACAGCCAAAGCGGAAGGAGUUCGGCCACAGCCGCUUUGGCAACGUUGCCUUCUGCUCUGCUUCCUCGGGCAAAACUGUGGAGCAGUGGUUGGCUGAAAUGCGUGCCAAGAAGAAAUAAGUCCUUCUCUCCCCCCCCCUUUUUUUUAUUUUCUCACAUUUUUUACAGUUUCUAAUUAUUGUAAAUUAUUCAUAAUUAUUUUAAGAAUUAUUUUUUUUGUCUCACAACUGCAACUUGCCUUGACUCGGGAGAGAUGAAGGCAAGCACUCCCUUAUUUUAAAAAUAUUUUUUAUGGUGGUUCAUUGUUUCUUUUUUCUGUUUUGUGUUCUAAUGUACCCCAUCAAACCUAUAUAGCAUUUCAUUCAGCACAAGUUGGACUUUCCUCUGGUCAAAGCCCCUACGUGUAAAGCUGAUUGCAAUAUUGAACCACAAGUUAAUGUAAACACUACAAUGCAUAUAUUAUAAUCUGUUUUGUUCCAGUUUAACCUGUUUUGUUUGCUAUGUUGAAAGCUGUAUUGUUGAAUUUGUCGUUCAAUGUAAUUAAAUAUUUCUAGUAUGUUAUUCAUAUAUUGCACUACCUGGUCCUCUGUUUAAAAAGUAUCGGUAUCUCUGGACAACGCUUUUCUCAUAAACACCUGCACUGAACAUUGAAAUAAAAGUUGUAUACCUAUUGCACGAGAUAUGCCUUUAAUUUCCAUUCAUGCAAUGUAACAGAACAAUGUCCUGUAGUAAAUUGUAUGUAAUUGCCUGGUGUGGAUUUAAUGCA